AUGUUGAACAAGUCUGUUCUUAAGAUCAGUGUGCUAGUCUUUACCUUUUUUCUCAACGCACUCAUCGUGUCAUCGGACUUAUGGAAUUGCAUUGGCGCAUAUUCAGCACACGGGGUUUGCGGCCAAACAUUAGAUCCCGGGAAUUCUCAGAUCCGGUGCGACCCCAGAUCGUGUUACAACAGGGCUGAAAAUACAAGAAAUGUUCGCAUGUAUGGCUGUACAUGGGAAGACCAAGACGUUCCUGGCCUAAGCUACCAAGAUUGCGUAGAGUACGAUUGGGCUUCUGAUGGAGCGCAGGAUGGUAAAGGUUCUUUCACUUGCACCAAUCCCUCGGGACAAACCUAUGACUGUGAGGUGGACCCUAGUAAAGUGGGAUACAUAUCAUGUGAUACUUGCUACCGCAACUAG